UGACAGGUGGAGGAAAUGUUUUUGGCCUUGGAGAGCAGGGCUCCACGCAAAAAUAGGCUUGCCCUUUUUUUUUUUUUUUGCAGUACGCGGGCCUCUCACUGUUGUGGCCUCUCCCGCUGCGGAGCACAAGCUCUGGACGCGCAGGCUCAGCGGCCAUGGCUCGCGGGCCCAGCCGCUCCGCGGCAUGUGGGAUCUUCCCGGACCGGGGCACGAACCCGUGUCCCCUGCAUCGGGAGGGGGACUCUCAACCACUGCGCCACCAGGGAAGUCCUAGGCUUGCCUUUUAUCCAGCCCUCUGCACUUCUAGUAAAUGCCCUGGAGAGACGUCAGGACAAUGGAACCUGUCUUCCACGGGGGCACUCUGGCUCCUGCAAGGUGAAAAUGGAGCUGGCGCUGGUGCCCCCGAAUGCCCACGGCACCUUCUAUGAGGGGGACUGCUACAUCAUCCUCUCGACCCAGAGAGCGGGCAGCGCCCUCUCCCAGGACAUCCACUUCUGGAUUGGGAAGCACUCCUCGCAGGAUGAGAAGAGCUGCGUAGCCAUCUACACUACGCAGCUGGAUGACUACCUGGGGGGCAGCCCCGUGCAGCACCGGGAGGUCCAGUGCCACGAGUCUGACACCUUCCGCGGCUACUUCAAGCAGGGCAUCAUCUACAAGAAGGGGGGUGUGGCCUCCGGGAUGAAGCACGUGGAGACCAAUACCUAUGACGUGAAGCGGCUGCUGCACGUGAAGGGGAAGAGAAACAUCAGGGCCGCCGAGGUGGAAAUGAGCUGGGACAGUUUUAACCGAGGUGAUGUCUUCCUGCUGGACCUUGGGAAGGUCAUCAUCCAGUGGAAUGGCCCAGAGAGCAGCAGCAGGGAGCGUCUGAAGGCUAUGCUCCUGGCAAAGGAUAUUCGGGACAGGGAGCGAGGGGGCCGUGCUGAAAUAGGAGUGAUCGAGGGAGACAAGGAGGCGGCCAGUCCAGAGCUGAUGAAGGUCCUUCAGGACACCCUCGGCCGGCACUCCAUUAUCAAGCCUGCGGUCCCCGAUGAGAUCACAGAUCAGCAGCAGAAAUCAAACAUCACGCUGUAUCAUGUCUCAGACUCAGCUGGGCAGCUGGCGGUCACAGAGGUAGCAACGAGGCCUCUGGUCCAGGGCUUACUGAACCAUGAUGACUGCUACAUCCUGGACCAAAGUGGAACCAAGAUCUAUGUGUGGAAAGGAAGAGGAGCCACAAAGGUUGAGAAACAGAUGGCCAUGUCUAAAGCUCUGAACUUCAUCAGGAUGAAGGGCUACCCCAGCAGUACCAACGUGGAGACCGUCAGUGACGGUGCCGAGUCAGCCGUGUUCAAGCAGCUGUUCCAGAAGUGGUCAGUGAAGGAACAGACCGUGGGUCUGGGGAAAACAUUCAGCAUUGGUAAAAUCGCUAACGUUUUCCAGGAUAAAUUUGAUGUGACUCUGCUGCACACCAAACCAGAGGUGGCAGCCCAGGAAAGGAUGGUUGACGACGGCAACGGCAACGUUGAGGUCUGGAGAAUUGAAAACCUGGAGCUGGUCCCCGUGCAGCAUCAGUGGUAUGGCUUCUUUUAUGGGGGAGACUGCUAUCUGGUUCUCUAUACGUACGAGAUGCACGGGAAGCCGCACUACAUCUUGUACAUCUGGCAGGGCCGCCACGCCUCACAGGAUGAACUGGCAGCCUCGGCACACCAGGCGGUGGAGGUGGACCGGCAGUUUGAUGGGGCCCCUGUGCAGGUUCGGGUUACCAUGGGGAAGGAGCCACGCCACUUCAUGGCCAUCUUCAAAGGAAAGCUGGUUAUCUUUGAGGGUGGGACUUCCAGGAAGGGAAAUGCCGAGCCCGAUCCUCCGGUAAGGCUCUUCCAGAUUCAAGGAAAUGACAAAUGUAACACCAAAGCGGUGGAGGUUCCAGCCUUCACCUCCUCCCUAAACUCCAAUGAUGUCUUCCUGCUGCGGACCCAGGCAGAGCACUACCUGUGGUAUGGCAAGGGGUCUAGUGGGGAUGAGCGGGCAAUGGCUAAGGAGCUGGCCGGGCUUCUCUGUGAUGGCACCGAGAACACCGUGGCUGAGGGCCAGGAGCCAGCUGAGUUCUGGGACCUGCUGGGAGGAAAAACUCCCUAUGCCAAUGACAAAAGACUACAGCAGGAAAUCCUAGAUGUCCAGUCCCGUCUCUUUGAAUGUUCCAAUAAGACUGGCCGGUUCACUGUCACUGAGAUCACAGACUUCACCCAGGAUGACCUGAACCCAGAUGACGUGAUGCUCCUGGAUACCUGGGACCAGGUGUUCCUGUGGAUUGGGACUGAGGCCAACGCCACAGAGAAGGAGAGCGCUCUUGCUACCGCCCAGGAGUACCUGCACACUCACCCCAGCGGCCGAGACACCGGCACACCAAUCCUGAUCGUUAAACAGGGGUUCGAGCCUCCCAUAUUCACAGGCUGGUUCUUGGCCUGGGACCCUCACAUUUGGAGCGCAGGGAAAUCAUAUGAACAGUUAAAAGAAGAGCUGGGAGACGCCGCUGCUAUCACGAGAAUCACUGCUGAUAUGAGGGACACAACCCUCUCCCUGAAUUCUGAGCCAAAAUAUUACCCCAUAGAAGUUCUGUUGAAAAAUCAGAGUCAGGAGUUGCCUGAGGAUGUGAACCCUGCCAAAAAGGAGAACUACCUCUCUGAACAUGACUUUGUUUCUGUGUUUGGCAUCACAAGAGGGCAAUUUGCUGCUCUGCCUGGCUGGAAACAGCUCCAGAUGAAGAAAGAAAAGGGGCUUUUCUGAGGCAAGAAGGCAUCUGCCUACUGCAAGACCCCAGAAGAAAGCAGAGAGUGCCAGUACCAGGAAAGAAUUUCUCUACUAAUUUCUGCCUAACAUCCAGCUACUUAAUGUUGAUACAGUAGGCUCUGCAAAUCACGGCAUGUUCUCCAUUUUUCUCAUUCCUGCGUUCCUUAGUUGUUAUAUACCUAAAAUGUUAGCUGCCCACUUUUUAAUUUUUGUGGCCUCAGCAGAAAGCACUAAGACUGCAGGAAUCUGGAGAAGUCAAAAGUAAGAGAACAAAAAAACUAAGUUUAAAGUGUUUAUUUAAUACUGGGGCAAGGGCCUAAGUUUGUUUUAAAUCUUAAGAUUGGUAUUUCCUAUUUAACCCACAAAUCAUUGAAGUUAUUCACAUAUACACCCUGAAGUCAAAAUCUAAAUGCUCAGAACUGGAUGUGCCAGAGAUUUUUAAAUUUUCAAAUAAAGAUAGCUGUAAGAGCAAAUGGGAGUUCUUUUCAGUAUUUUGGGUCUGCCCAUGAUGGUAACUAUUUUGUUCUACUGGGAGAAAUGUCUCAGUACUGGACAAGUAAAGAGGCACUGCCGAGUGAGCUCUCUGGAUAACUGGAAUCCCUCUUGACCUAAGAAUGCCAAAAUCUGCCUUACAGCUGUCCAGGAAACCUCAGUCCCCACCCAUCCACACCCCACUAUCCAGAGGAGAAACAGGGCCAUGUGUUAUUAAUUUCAGUAAUGAGGCCAGAAUCAGUGCAUAUACCACUGCAGAGAGCCUUCAAAGCACGCUACAGACAUCAACAAAUGAACCACAUUUUCCAGACAACUCCAAGUUUGAGUCAACAAUUCCAAAAGAAUCCAUGUGGCACAAGUAAUGUAACUGGGGAAGUUCCAGGAUAGAAGCAUCGUCCAAAGCGUCACAAAGCGAAACCGAACAAGAGAGUUCUAUGUCACAGGAGUAGGAUGGAGCAAGGUAGACAUUUCAGGGACACCACAAUAAAUCUGCGUUGAAGGGAGCAGCAGCACAGCUGGUGAUGC